CACAGUGAGAACUGGGAAGCAGUCAAGGUCCACAUAUAUUACGGAUCGCACUAUUGCGAAGGAAAAAAGAUUUAUAAUGCUUCAAUAAUAUUCAUGAAAUUAAAGCAAAUUGGUACUUUAUAAUAAUUUGUUUUCUUGUCAGAUAUACGGUAAUAUAUUUUUAUUUCGCGCAUUGAAUGCUAAGAUUAUGAUAAUAAUCAAGCGCUCGCCAUAGUAGGAUUCAUAGUUUCUCAAGCGGUCACAGGUGCGCGGAACUUCCCACACAAGCUCCCACAGGGAUCCCCCGACGUGUAACAGGUGCCAUGACCAAAAGGUUAGCAGAAUGAGUGUUAUUAUCAUUUGGCAAAUGUCAUGAGACGGUUGCAAACAUGAAGAAAGUCUGUGUGUGAAUGAAGCGACGGAACUGUUGCCAUGGCUUUGUCGGAGUUGUACACAAAGUUUAACAGGGUAUGGAUCCCUGACACUGAACAUGUGUGGAAGUCUGCGGAAAUUCUCAAAGAUUUCCAACCUGGAGACAAAGAACUGGAAAUACAGCUGGAGGAUGGGACGGAGUUGCAGUAUCCUUUGGAAGGGGGUGAGAAGUUGCCACCCCUCCGUAACCCAGACAUUUUGGUUGGGGAGAAUGACCUCACGGCUCUCAGCUAUCUCCACGAACCGGCCGUGCUACACAACCUCAAAAUCCGAUUUGUCGAGUCCAAAAUCAUCUAUACAUAUUGUGGAAUUAUUCUGGUGGCAGUCAAUCCAUACAAACAGCUCCCCAUCUAUGGAGAUGCAGUCAUCCAUGCAUACUCAGGCCAAAAUAUGGGCGACCUGGACCCUCAUAUAUUUGCAGUGGCAGAGGAGGCUUAUAAACAAAUGGCCAGGAAUAAUAAGAAUCAGUCCAUCAUUGUGAGUGGCGAGUCAGGGGCUGGAAAGACCGUAUCUGCUCGGUAUGCAAUGCGAUAUUUUGCGAUGGUGAGCAAAUCUAGCAGCAAUACUCGAGUGGAGGACAGAGUUUUGGCAUCCAACCCGAUUACUGAGGCCAUUGGUAAUGCAAAAACCACCAGAAAUGAUAACAGCAGCCGGUUUGGAAAAUACACAGAGAUCAGCUUCGACAGAAAAUACCAAAUCAUUGGUGCUAAUAUGAGGACAUAUCUGCUGGAAAAGUCAAGAGUCGUGUUUCAGUCAGAGAACGAGAGGAAUUAUCACAUCUUCUAUCAAAUGUGUGCCUGCGCAAAUCAACCAGAGUUUAAAAGCUUGAAACUAUUGAGUGCAGACGAGUUUAACUACACUUGCAUGGGUGGUGAGAUGGAGAUUGAGGGUGUGGACGACCGAGUCGACAUGGCAGAAACACGCAGAACCUUCAACUUGUUGGGUCUUAAUGAGAAUUUUCAGAUGGAUGUCUUUAAGGUUCUUGCUGGAAUUCUGCAUUUAGGAAACACGGUCAUCAAAGCUCAAAACACGGAAAAAUCAACCAUCAAUUCAAGUGACCCUCACCUGGAGGUGUUCUGUGACCUGAUGGGCGUCAACAUGGAUGACAUGUGUCGCUGGUUAUGUCAUCGGCGUAUCGUCCUAUCGGCAGAGACUGUGGUUAAACCACAACCCAAGGAGCGGGCCGUCAAUGCACGUGAUGCCCUGGCGAAACACAUCUACGCUCUCCUUUUCGACUGGGUCAUCCACAAAAUCAACAAGGCACUGAAGGUCCCUGGGAAACAACAUUCAUUUAUUGGGGUGUUGGAUAUUUAUGGAUUUGAGACAUUUGACGUUAACAGUUUCGAGCAGUUCUGCAUCAACUACGCCAAUGAGAAGCUACAACAGCAGUUUAACUUGCAUGUGUUUAAACUGGAGCAGGAGGAAUACAUGAAAGAGGACAUUCCCUGGACGCUUAUCGAUUUCUAUGACAACCAGCCUGUCAUUGAUCUCAUCGAGGCUAAGAUGGGAAUUCUGGACCUUCUGGAUGAGGAGUGUUUGUUCCCUCAAGGAACCGAUAAGAAUUGGCUGCAAAAAUUAUAUAAUUUUCUAGGCUCAAAAGCGCUCUUCGAGAAACCACGUAUGUCUACUGACUCUUUUUUGAUCCAGCAUUUUGCAGACAAGGUUGAAUAUCAGUGUAAAGGUUUUUUGGAGAAGAACAGAGACACUCUUUAUGAAGAGCUGGUCAGCCUCAUGCGCUCUAGUCAGUUUGCUCUCGUAGCUGAAUUCUUUCAAGAGGAAGAAGAACCAAACUCUGGCCGCAAAAACAUAAAAGUAACACCGGCACAACCCAGAGCCAAAGGUGUAAACAAACAGCUGAGGUCCACAGUAGGAGAAAAGUUUCGAAGUUCCUUGUACCUCUUAAUGGAGACGCUGAACGCAACCACACCCCAUUAUGUGCGCUGCAUAAAACCAAAUGAAGAGAAACUCCCAUUUGAGUAUGAUUCGAAGCGUGUGGUACAACAGCUGAGGGCCUGUGGAGUUUUGGAGACCAUUCGCAUCAGCGCCCAAAGUUACCCAUCGAGGUGGACAUACAUCGAGUUUUACAGCCGUUACAGUAUUUUGAUGAGUCAGUCGGAGCUGAAGUCAGAAGAGAAAAAACAGACGUGCAGGAUGGUCCUACAGAGACUCAUUCCUGAUUCAAACCAGUACAAGUUUGGUCGGACCAAGAUCUUCUUCCGGGCGGGACAGGUGGCGUAUCUGGAGAAGCUGCGUUUGGAUCAUCUUCGUGCGGCAUGCGUGACCAUCCAAAAGCACGCGAGGGGCUGGAGGCAAAGACGACGGUUCCUGCACAUGAGAGAAGCAGCCAUUACCAUCCAACAGUACAUCAGGGGCAAGAAGAAGAUCAGGCAAACCGUGACGGCUUUAGCACUGAAGCAGGGCUGGGCCGCUUUGGUAAUUCAGAGGCACUGUCGCGGGUAUCUGGUAAGGAGGGUUUACCAGCUUGUCCGGAUCGCUACAAUCACCAUACAGGCCUUUACCAGAGGAUGGAGGGCUCGCAAGCAUUACAAAAAGAUGGUGGCAGAACACAAGGCUUUGGUUCUGCAGAAAUACGCUCGGGCCUGGCUGGUCCGCCGGAGGUUUCAGACCAUGCGCAGGCUGGUGAUCAACGUUCAGCUUUCGUAUAGAGUCCAACAGCUUCGCAAGAAAGUUGAAGAACAGAAUAAAGAGAAUCGGAGCCUCAUGGAAAGAGUCACAAGUUUGUCUAAUGCACGUGCUCAGGGAAUGGAAAAGGUUCAAGCUUUGGAGGCGGAGCUAAACAAACUAACCAAUGAGAGGACGGCUUUAGAGGAAAAGGAGAGGAAAAACACAGAAGAGGCCAAACAGGCAGUCGCUCUGCUUCAGAAUGAAAAAAAGAAACUUAUCCAGGCGAAUAAAGCUUUGGAGCAGAGCCUAAAGGACACAACCCAGCAGAUGAGAGAUAACUUUGAGAACAUGAAAACAAAACUGAUGGAAGAUUUGGAGAGGGAAGAGAGACUUAGAAAGGUGGCAGAGCACAACAGUGAACUCCAGAAAGAAGAUUCAGAGAAAGAGAUUGAGGCUCUUCAGGAGGAGAACCGCAGACUGAGAGAGGAAAGAGUCCGACUACAGGCGCAGCUGCAAGAAGAUCAACGCAUCAAUGCAGAAAUGCAGAAACAACUACAGCAGCUCACAAAACACGUCAAGGUCAUACCAGAUUUACGGAAGGAAAUUAACAGCCUGCAGAUGCAGAGAGAUGAAGCUGACAAAACCGUGAAAGCUCAAAGUCAACAAGCCCGAGCUAAGAUAAGUGUGAUUACGAGGCAGCUGCUGGGUGAAGCUAAAGAGGAAGAGCUCAUUCGCAGGCUGCAUGAGGAAGUCUCAAAUAAUAACGAUGAAGUUGAUCUUCUCUCUGCUUUCGAUGAAAUGGAGAAAGCUGCUAAUUUUUCUCUCAGAGUGAUGGAGAACCAGCUGCGGGAGCAGAAGGACGCUUACGAGAGUCGAGUGGAAACGCUGGUGUAUAAAAACGAACAUUUAAACAAAGAAAACAAACAACUUCAAGCUUUCUUUCAGGAGAAGAGCGACAUUAACAACAGCAUCGCACAAGAAGUGACCCGUCUUACUUCAGAGAACAUGGUGAUUCCUGAACUAAAGCAGCAGGUGUCAGAACUGACCCGUAACAAACACGAGCUGGAGACUCAGUUACAAGAUCAGAAUAUUGAGAUGACCGAGAAAAUAAACAAGUUAUCAAUAGAUCUUCAGCUGGCGUUUGAAAAGGAGGGAUUACAGAGACGGAACUUGGAGAAGAGGAUUCUGGAGAUGGAGAGAAGUAGAGAUGAGAUGGAAAGGCAGAUGGUUGAUCUUCGGGAGGAGAAUCAGCAGCUACAGAAAGUUCAGCAGUCAGAGAGCGAAGCCAAGAACAAACUCAGGCAGGAGACAACACAUCUCACAGCUGAAAACAUGGACUUUGAGGAGCAACUAGACAUGAAGGACAGGCUGAUAAAGAGACUGCAAGACCAAAUCAAAGCUCUUCAGACAACUGAGACAGCCAAUCAGAGAGCACCGCCAGCAGUGCCCAAGGAAUACCUGGGAAUGUUGGAAUACAAGAAAGAAGACGAAGGCAGGCUGAUCCAGACGCUCAUACUGGGUCUGAGACCACGUAGUGUUGGCGUGUGUUUGAUCCCUGGUCUGGCUGCUCAUCUUCUCUUCAUGUGUGUGAGACACGCUGACUAUCUGAACGACGAAAACAAACUCAAAUCUCUCAUGCACAACGUCAUCUUCUCGAUCAAAGAGGUUGUUAUGGAGAAUCAAGAGAAUUUUGAAGUUUUGUCCUUCUGGCUGUCUAACACGCAUCGCUUCCUCAACUGCCUCAAACAGUACAGUGGAGAAGAGGAGUUUAAGAAGCAAAACACCCCCCGUCAGAAUAAAAACUGCCUGAAGAACUUUGACCUUUCACAGCACAGACAGAUCCUUAGUGACCUCGCCAUCAACAUUUACCAUCAGUUCAUCAAUUUAAUGGAGGAUGGGCUUUAUCCCAUGAUUAUCCCUGGGAUGUUGGAGCACGAGAGUCUUCAAGGCAUCUCCAGCAUGAAGCCCACCGGCUUCCGCAAGCGCUCCAGCAGCGUGUACGAGGAAGGGGAGGACCACACCCGUGGCCAGUCCUACACCAUGACGUCUAUUCUCCAGCAGCUGUCCGUGUUUCACGCGUGCAUGGAGAAGCAGGUCAUGGAGCCGCAGCUGCAGGGUCAGGUGAUCAGACAGCUCUUCUACCUGAUCGGAUCCACAUCAGUCAACAGCAUCCUGCUUAGGAAAGACCUGUGCUCCUGCCGCAAGGGCAUGCAGAUCAGGUGUAACAUCAGUUACCUGGAGGAGUGGCUGCGAGAGAAGGGUCUGCCGGCCGCCUGCACCAUGGAAAUGUUGGGGCCGCUGUCUCAGGUGGCUUGGCUUCUUCAGGUUAACAAAACCACAGAUGAAGAUGCUGCUGAGAUUAAACAGAGAUGCUCUGAGCUCUCACCUGUGCAGAUUGUAAAAAUCCUGAACUCGUACACACCUAUUGAUGAUUUCGAAAAGCGAGUCACUCCAUCUUUUGUCCGCAAGGUGCAGGCAUUACUGCACGAGCGUGAUGGGUCGUCCCAGCUGAUGAUGGACGCACAGUAUCGUUUCCAGGUCACGUUUCCCUUCUGCUUCUCCCCACAAGCCCUGGAACUCCUUCAGGUGCCCAGCAGCCUCCAUUUGGACUUUGUCACUCGCAUAUGAACCCUAGGAUCAAAAGUUACUCAGGAUAUUAGUAACGACGAGUGUUUUUUGUAAACUUUGAUGGUUUGUUAGUAUUAACAUUUUCUGCACUCUCAGAAAAAAAGCCGUCACUGGGGCGGUCACCAUGAAGAUCCUAAUAAGUACCAUUUAGGUACCUGUGUGGUAUCACUAAUACUUAUAUUAAUAAUAACUUUUUAGGUACUUUUUGAAAGGGUAUCACACCAGUGACCGCUUUUGCACCUUUUAUUCUGAGUGUGUACAUUUAAUUAUAAUAAUUUUACACUACUUUGUAUAUUUUAAGAUUUAUUUAUGAAAAAUAAUUAAAUGUACCCUAUUUAAUAUUUUAAGAUGUAUUCUGUUUAGAUUCUUGUAAUUUUUUAUUCCAAAGUGCUGCGAACUAAGUGCUCUUUGCUUAAAAAAUUGCCACAUUUUAUUUUGUGCCACUAUACUUACUCGUGUAACUACUCAUGUAACAGUAUUUAAAUAGGGAAAACGUGGAAGUGUUUGGUGGCUUCUUAAUUCAUCCCUGUUUGGAUCCUAAGGAAUGAAUGGGGCUAGGCUAAAUGCUAACACAUUCACAACGCUCUGUACAAAGAUAAAUUUUUAUGCAUUGAAAAAAGAUAGGUAUGUAUUAAUUUGUCUAAGUUGAGGUAAGAACAUAGUAAAAUAUUGAAAAACUGUGGUGUUUUCCUUUAGCCUUUUCACAUUUCAAUGACCCAAAUCAACCUCACACAGUUCAGUUCGGUUUUGUAAUUUCUGCAUAAGUGUUGUCAUCUAUUGCAUUUUUUAUAAAUCAGAAAUGAAUCAAUAAACACAACUGCCUGCUGA